GGAGUUAAAAGCAGCACGGGUAUCCAGAUAAGAACGUAAGAUAUGCAUUGGCUGGAAUCUGACAGGGUUGAGGUAAUCACCUGCCGCUGAAUUGAGACUCAGAUGGGAAGUAGGAAGUGCUGUGCUCAAGCUUCCUGUAUAAAUAAAUGCAGCUUUCCCACAGCUACUGCAUACAAGCUGUGACGUGCUUUUAAGAUAUAAUGGCAGCACGCUCUUAAUAGCAGGGAGGGGAUUAUUUAUCAGAGUGGCAAAGGAACCGAGAGGCAAGUCCUUCUGCAGUCCUACGAAGUGCACAGCUGUCAGAUACACGGAGAAGAGAAAGGGUGUGUGAGAGGAAUCUGCCUCUGCUUCUGAUUGCAAGCUGCAGUGGUUGUGACAUGAUUCUUGGGAGCGCUGGAGUGUGAGUGAAGCUAUUGAAAAGUCAAACAGCUGGGACUGAAUACUACUCUCCUUUCAAGGCAGAAAGGACAACUGAUGAGAGAAUGGGCUCUGCAGGGAAGCCUAGCCCUGACACCAUGACAGCUGACAAGUCAGAAGCUGGAGACUUAGCACUGGAGCCCCUGCUCACUUGCAAGCUAUGUCUCUGUGAAUAUUCCCUGGAUAAGAUGACCACUCUGCAGGAAUGCCACUGCAUCUUUUGUACAUCGUGCCUGAAACAGUACAUGCAGCUGGCCAUUCAAGAAGGUUGUGGUUCUCCUAUCACUUGUCCAGACAUGCUCUGUGUGAACCAUGGGACCCUACAAGAAGCCGAGAUUGCCUAUUUGGUACCAGUUGACCAGUUUCAGCUAUUCAAGAGGCUGAAAUUUGAACGUGAAGUCCAUUUGGACCCUCAGAGAACAUGGUGUCCUGCAGCAGACUGCCAAACAGUGUGCUGCAUUGGACCAAAUGAGUCGGGAGCACCAGUGCCAGUGGAGUGCCCAGCCUGCCACAUGAUGUUCUGCUCCUCUUGUAAAGAGGCAUGGCACCCACAGCGCCCGUGCCCAGAAAACCAAGCUCUGGUAACAACAGAGCAGGGAUCGCUUAUCGGAACAGAGACAGAAGCACCAAUUAAGCAGUGCCCAGUUUGUCGGAUCUAUAUUGAGAGAAAUGAAGGCUGUGCUCAGAUGAUGUGCAAGAACUGCAAGCACACGUUUUGCUGGUACUGCCUACAGAACUUGGAUAAUGACAUCUUCUUAAGGCAUUAUGACAAAGGCCCUUGCAGAAACAAGCUCGGCCAUUCGCGUGCUUCGGUGAUGUGGAACAGGACGCAGGUUGUAGGGAUCCUCGUUGGACUAGGUAUCAUAGCACUGGUGACCUCUCCCUUGCUGCUUGUGGCAUCUCCAUGCAUCAUCUGCUGCAUUUGCAAAUCUUGCAGAAGCAAAAAGAAAAAGCAUAGCCUACCUACAACCUAAAAGUCUGUGUCUGUUUGAGCCUGUAUCUGUACAGUAUACAUUUGUGAGAAAGCACAACAGUUGGAUUUUGGUGCCAUACCUAUCAAAUAAUGCUUCCCUUUUUUCUUUUUUUCUUUUUUCUUUUUGGCCAAUUUUUGGGAUAAGUGCCUAUUCUCUACAGGCUACUCUAUUGAUAACAAGUGACAAGGUGGGAGAAGUCUAGAUAAUUGUACAGUAGUAUGGUAUAUGUUUUUGCUUUCUGACAGAAAAACAUAACACCAUUCAGUAGUUCAUACCCUCAAGUACGAGCCACCUCUUGAGACUGCUAGAACUCUACCAUCUUCUGUCAGCCACACAUGAAUCAAUUCUGCAGUAUUAAUCUGCUUUUGCAGGCCCAGUUGUUACUGUCAUGCUUUCUGUUAGUUCUUGGUGAAAGUCUCUGAAAGUUUUGAGUGCAUUUUAAAAGGGGAAGAGAGGAGGCUUGAUGUUUUUCUGUCUGCCAGCUCAUCCCAUUAGAGGUAACAAACUGUUAAAAAAUGUAUUUGACAGCUUUCUGUGAAUUGGCAACCAUGGCAUUUCUAUCAGCGUUGAAAUCAGUGAGUUUUAUAUUACUGAUUCCAAUGACAAUUAAAAGCCAACAAAACUAUUUCUAAGGGAGAGCUGCCUUUUAAGAGACUGGACUAGCUUGAGAAAGCUGUGUUUUUUUCUGAUCAGACAUGCUGUAUCUACUUUGAAAUAUAAGGAGUUUGUAUAUUUCCUUGCCAUUGGGCAUACCUUUUGUCAGUAGCAUGGGUAUAAAUUCACCAUCAAUCUAAUAAUUUAGGAAAGGUGGUGAUACAGCUUCUAUUCUGUUCAGUACUGGGAUCUUGGUUGUGUGUGUAUACAGUGACCUCAUGUCCGUGGAUGUACUGAGUGCAUAAUGCACAAUUUGUUUUCUAGGAAGUCAGUAUAUAUUUUUUGAACAGUUUACAUGGGAUAGCAGCAGGAACCCUGUAAUGUUACUCACAACAGGAUAAGGAAAACCCUCUCUUGGACCUUCUGAACCUGCUGAUGUAAAUACUUGAGAAAUGCUGUGUAACCAUCAGUCCACAGGUGGAUAUUUCUUCUGUCCUGCUCAAGGUUAACAAACUGUUACAUAUCAUUUUUUAGUUAUUCUGGAUCUGUCAUUUAAUACAGCCUUCAUUUUCAUUUGGUGCCUCACCGUCAAACUGAUUCAGACCCUACUAUCAGUUACACCAAUAUAAAUUCACUGAAACCUCCCUGAAGAGCUGAAGUUACUUCGGGCUCACUCAGGAGUACCUGAGAUCAGACUCUGCUCCCCUGAGUUUAUUUCCUUAAUGGCUGGUGCUCCUCAUAACCCUGGCCUGCAGUGGCUUUUGUUCUGGGCUCCCAGUGCAUUUUAUAUCUGUGGGAACUGAUACAAGUUUGCACUAUGUGAUCAGUUGUAAUUCCAAACCCCUUGUGAUAAGGGCUGCAAUAUUUAAAUGAGAUGCUUGGUCUGAGAAUUGUCUCAGGCUCUUCCUCCUCUUGUCUACCCUCCUGCAUGCACACGGUGCAAGGCACCAGAAGAAUGUUGUGAAGAGCAUCUCUUCUGUUGCAUUUGGCUGAACCUCAGGAACUUCGCCUUCUUGGCAGUCAUAAAUGUGACCUUCCUUUGUUUAACGUCGCCCUCUGGUUCCUGUAACAGAAGUGGUAGAUGUUCUUAUUUUAAGAAAGUGCAGUCUGUUGAGCAGACUAGCAUGGACAGAGGCCUUAAAUGAUACUGUCUGUUUUACUUUUACUUUGAUUUAUUUUAUAAAUGCUGUCUGAUUUUGUUACCAGUGGCGGUGCUCGCCAGUUGGAAAGGCUGUAUUUAUUCUUCAUCCAUAGCCUCUAAGGGAAUCAGAAAAAUAGUACAUUUUAAAUGUAAAGUGCAAUGCAGGCAACUACAAUUUAUAAUAAGUGGAGAAUGUUUUCUGUAUGUGGUUGUUUUUUGUUUUUUUUUUUUAAGAAUAGUAAUGGUUGUGCUUGGGGGCAGUUAUGGCAUAUUAAAGUAUCCAGCCCUUGGCUUUGCACUAUUUUUCUACCGAUGUUUUUAUGGCACUACUGUCAUCUUCAGCUUAUUUAUGAACUUGCAGUUAAGAGUCUUACUAUAAGAAAGCCUGAAGAACAAAGGUAUAAGAGCUGUACAGUCUCACUGACCAUAACCAGCAUUGUGAAGUACUGAGAGUCUUUGCGUGUUGAACUUAGUUGUUUUUUUGUGUUUUGUGAUCAUAUUUCUGCUAACCAGUUUCUUUCUUUGCCUGCUUCCUCUUUCCCUUGCAGAUGCUCAGUGAAAUGAAUGUUUCUCCUGACUUUUCAUUAAUACUGCCAUGUUAAUGAAGUUACCAAGUUCUUCCCUCUGUUAAAGGAAUGCAACUGAAGGCAGUAUCUUGCUCGGAAUACACUAUUAGACAUUAGUAGGCUGUUUACAGUUUCCACCUCUUUUAGCUCUUUAAAAGGUCUCUAAAGAUAAUACAGCUGUGUCCAUAGAGGGGCAAUUUGUUUUAAUGAUUUAUAGGGCAAUAUUUUAUAAAAGCAGCACAUACGUGUAUAGCUAUAAAGUCUAGGAAGGCAAGACUAUUCUGUUUAUUUUUAUUAACUUCUCAAUCUGAGUGCAGGGUAACAUCUUUCAGAGACUCAUACUAAAUAGCAGAGAUAAAAUGUGCCUUUUCCAUGUUCAAUUUUUACUGCUUGUACCAGUUUAGAUGUCUAGCGGGGUUACCAAAGGAAAUUCAGUAUCCAGGUUUUAGGGCAACCUAAGAGCCAGAGUGCAAAUCUGGUCGCCAAAGUAGCAGAUUGAUAGCAAUGGCCAGAGUUUAGUAAAUAUCCACAAAAACUGGAUAAAGAAACAUGAACUCCAGGUACACCUUCCUUUCACUGUGUAGAUGGAACAAAUUGACAAAGAACAAAGCUCUAGAAAUACUUCAGAGCUUAAGCUAGAAAUCUUAGGAUUAUUUUAUUUAAAAGGCUUUGCACAGUGUACUGUAUAUCCUUCUGUAUAUCCUGACUUUUCAUUGCAUAGGAAUUCCUGAGUAUGUGCUUUAAGUGGACUGUGAGCUACUCAUAUGGCUGAACUAACUCAUCUGUGCAGAAGUUCAGGGAGCAGUAGGGCCCUAUCUCUUGUUUUCCAGUAGACAAAUAUUUUGUACCAACUCAUCACACAUCUAAGGUUUCCAAAGAACAAUAUGAACAAUAGACUUUUUGCAGCGUUUCUUUCUUUCAAAAAACAAAAAUUAUAAGAGAAAUAAUUGAAUAGUAGAAUGGUUUUUGUUAGAGGGGACCUUGAAGAUCUUCUAGUUCCAACACCUUGACCACGGACAGGGUUAUCAGCCACCAACUCAGGAUGCCGAGGACCCAUCCAACCUGGUCUUGAAUGCUUUGAGGGAUGAGUUACCCACAGCUUCUCUGGGCAGCCUGUGCCAGAGCCUCACCACCCUCUGAGUAAAAAAUUUCUUCCUAACAUCUAACCUAAAUCUCCCCUCUUUUAGUUAAGUGCCAUUCCCCCCUGUUUUAUCACUGUCAAGCCAUCUAAAAAGUUGGUCCCCCUUCUGCUUGUAAUUUCCCUCCAAGUACUGGAAAGCUGCAGUGAUGUCUCCCUAGAGCCUUCUCUUCUCCAAGCUAAACAAGCCCAACUCUU